ACGCUUCAAAUUGUUUGCAAACUCGUUUUGUUUAACUGAGAAGUUGUAUAUACAUACACAUAUAUAGUUUUGAUCGUUAAUUGAAUAGAAUAAUGAUGUUGGAUCUCAAUGUAAAUGUAAUCUACGAUGAUGAGGUUGCAGAAGGUUCUGUAGUUGAUGAACCAGGAACAUCCAAUUCAUCAUCGUUACGAAAUGCGGAGACUACAACAACCAGGACCGGCGACGGCGACACGUGUUCCACACGCGCCGGUGCUGACGUGUUCGCCUUCAAUUUCGGCAUCCUCAAAGCUGAAACUAGCAAUCAUUCGGAGUUCGUGACUCGGCAGUUAUUUCCGGUUGAUGAGAACGGUGAGUUGAACCGGAAACAAACCGAUCGGGUCAUUCUCUCAUCGGGUCGACCCGGUUUUGUGGAUUUGCCAAUAGUACAACAACCGGAGCAAGUGAAACCGCAAGUGAAGAAGAGUAGGAGAGGACCAAGGUCGAGAAGUUCACAGUAUAGAGGUGUUACUUUUUACAGACGAACUGGUAGAUGGGAAUCACAUAUAUGGGACUGUGGGAAACAAGUAUAUUUAGGUGGUUUUGAUACUGCUCAUACAGCAGCAAGAGCUUAUGACAGAGCUGCAAUUAAGUUCCGGGGCGUUGAUGCUGAUAUCAACUUCAGCUUAAGUGAUUACGAGGAAGAUAUGAAACAGGUGCAAAACCUUGGUAAAGAAGAAUUUGUGCACUUGCUACGACGCCACAGCAAUGGUUUCUCAAGAGGGACCUCCAAAUUCAGAGGAGUGACGCUACAUAAAUGUGGCAGAUGGGAGGCUCGAAUGGGGCAGUUCCUAGGCAAAAAGUAUAUAUAUCUUGGGCUAUUCGACAGUGAAGUAGAAGCUGCAAGGGCUUAUGAUAAGGCGGCAAUCAAAACUAGCGGAAGGGAGGCUGUUACCAACUUUGAGCCAAGUGCAUAUGAAAGGGAAACAAUGUCUGAACCUCAGAGUGAAGGUAGAGAACACGAUCUUGAUCUGAACUUGGGGAUAUCAACCUCUUCUUCAAAGGAAAAUGACAGGUUGGGGGGUCUUCGUUAUCAUCCUUACGAUAAGCAAGAUCCAACAAAAUCAAAGAUGGAUAAACCUGGUCCAGUAAUAGUUGGAAGUUCACAUCUCAAGGGACUACCAAUGACGUCUCAACAAGCUCAUUUGUGGACUGGAAUCUAUUCUAAUUUCUCUUCCACCUACGAGGGAAGAACAUCUGACAAGAGAAAGGAUAUAGGUUCAUCAGAAGGACCUCCAAAUUGGGCAGUGCAAAUGCCCAGUCAGGUUGAUACAACCCCAGUGACAAUGUUCUGCACUGCAGCAUCAUCAGGAUUCUUCAUUCCAGCUACUUCAGCAUCUGCAUUGGCACCGUCAACAAACGCCUCGCGGUGCUUUUACCACAUCAGCCCCCGCCUACCACCAUAAUGACAUGUCCUCCUCAGUAACUAGUAAUAUAGAUGAAAAACAUAGUCAUUGAUUUGUUUUGUAAGAUCUAAAUGUCAAGUCAAUUACAUUUUUGUGGAUCAGAUAUUUUUUAAAACUGCUUCAGAUCUGAGAGGUAGAGAUUCGAACUUUCAUUGCAGAA